AUGCAGCUGGUGCAGUUGGCCAACUUUGUGCUGGACAAUCUCCUGCAGUCACGAGUCGGAUUCAUUGUCAUCUUUCACUGUUGGCCAAUGGAUGAAAGUCUCCAGUUUGCUUUGCAGUUUGUCAACCCCAUUCAUCCCAACCUUGUCUAUCAUCAAUAUGUUCAAAUGGAAGGAGUCCAAGAUUGGUCACAUCUCGAGCUUAGUUACCUAGAACACCUGCAGCCAACUUUAGCUAUUUAUGUGGAUCUAAAGUGCGAUCAGGCUGAGGCAUUGCUAGAGGAGGCUAGUCUAAGGCAACAGUAUAACCAACACUAUCAUUGGCUCUUGCAUGGCAACCAGUCUUCUCAGGAUUUCUAUAAUUUCUUUUCACCCUUUAAUAUAUCUAUUGAUGCUGAUGUCAGUUAUGUUCAGGAAUACGAUCAGACGGACAAUACCACGGUUUUGUAUAAUAUUUACGAUGUAUACAAUAAUGGCAAGAUUAUAGGAGGCCAGCUGAACAUGACAGGGUCCUAUGAGAGCACCUGUGGCCUUAAGGAAUGCUUAAAGACUAGAUAUCUUAGUACCCUGCAAAUGCGUUCAAAGUAUGGUAAUAGAGAACAGCUCGAAGAUGUUGUACUGAGGGUGGCUACGGUGGUCACACAGCGACCUCUUACCUGGUCAGAAAAUCAACUCAUAGACUUCUUGAGCCAGGAGAAUGAAACCCACAUUGAUUCCCUGGCCAGAUUCGGUUUUCACCUGACCCUAAUCCUAAGAGAUUUACUUCACUGCAAAAUGCGGUUCAUAUUCUCUGAUAGUUGGAGCAAGUCGGAUAUUGUGGGAGGUUCAAUUGGCGCAUUGGUGGAUCAAACGGCGGACAUCACGGCCACGCCCUCCUUGGCCACCGAGGGCAGGCUCAAGUAUCUCUCAGCCAUUAUUGAAACAGGCUUCUUUCGAUCGGUCUGCAUUUUCCGUACUCCCCACAAUGCUGGCCUCCGUGGAGAUGUUUUCCUGCAGCCAUUCAGUCCCUUGGUUUGGUAUCUUUUUGGUGGAGUUCUUUCGUUGAUUGGUUUCCUUUUGUGGAUCACAUUCUACAUGGAGUGCCGGCGGAUGCGACGUCGCUGGCGAUUGGAUUACCUGCCCUCGUUGCUUAGUACAUUCCUGAUCAGCUUCGGAGCAGCCUGCAUCCAAAGUUCAGUGUUGAUACCACGCUCUACGGGUGGCAGGUUGAUAUAUUUUGCCCUGUUCCUGAUCAGCUUCAUUAUGUACAACUAUUACACUUCGGUGGUGGUUUCCUCCCUGCUUAGUUCUCCUGUCAAAUCCAAGAUCAAGACAAUGCAGCAACUGGCGGAGAGUCCAUUGACUGUGGGCUUGGAGCCGUUGCCUUUUACCAAAAGCUACCUUAAUUAUUCCAGGCUACCCGAAAUCCAUUUGUUUAUAAAACGCAAAAUUGAGCCACAGGCUAAGAACCCACAGCUUUGGCUGCCCGCUGAGGAAGGUGUUCUCCGGGUGAGGGACAAUCCUGGUUAUGUCUAUGUCUUUGAGACCUCAUCUGGCUAUGCCUAUGUGGAGCGAUAUUUUACAGCCCAGCAGAUAUGCGAUUUAAAUGAGGUUUUAUUCCGACCCGAGCAGCUGUUCUACACGCACUUGCAUCGCAACUCCACCUACAAGGAGCUCUUCAGACUUCGCUUCCUCAGAGUUUUGGAAACUGGUGUCUAUCGGAAGCAGCGAAGCUACUGGGUGCACAUGAAGCUGCAUUGCGUGGCCCAGAACUUUGUGAUAACCGUUGGCAUGGAAUAUGUGGCACCGCUCCUCCUCAUGCUGAUCUGUGCCUACAUCCUGGUGGUGCUCAUACUCUUAAUCGAGCUGGCCUGGAAGCGAUUUCUCACCCAACCCCUGCCUACCUAUAGCACAUAG